UUGCAGUAUCUAGUUGAUCUUGCUGGAAGUGAACGUGCUUCUCAAACAAAUGCAGAUGGUACAAGGUUCAAGGAAGGGAGCCAUAUUAAUAGAAGCCUGCUGACUUUGACAACUGUAAUUAGAAAGCUAAGUGGUGGCAAGAGGAUUGGUCACAUCCCAUACAGGGAUUCAAAACUCACAAGAAUAUUACAGUCUUCAGUUGGGGGAAAUGCACGAACAGCAAUAAUUUACAUGAGUCCUGCUCUGGGUCAUGUGGAGCAAUCACGGAAUACACUCUCCUUUGCGACAAGUGCAAAAGAAGUUACAAAUAAUGCACAUGUGAAUCUGGUUGUUGCAGAAAAACAAUUAUUGAAGCAUUUGAAGAAGGAGGUGGCAAGACUUGAAGCAGAGCUCCGAAGUCCUGAACCAUGUGGCUCCUCGUCUUUAAGGUCCUUACUAAUUGAGAAGGAAAUGAAAAUCCAGCAGAUGGAGAUAGAAAUGAAUGAGCUGAAACGCCAAAGGGACAUUGCAGAAUCCCAGCUUGAAUUAGAAAGAAAAGCACACAAGGAACCAAAGGGAUCAAAUCAGCACGGUCCGUCUCGUCGUGUAGUUAAAUGUCUUUCUUAUACUUCUGAGAACGAGUCAGUUUCUGGAGGGCCUCUUCCAAAAAUCCAGCCCAGGAACUUAACUGGAAGGCAAUCACUGGUUAGACAGUCAGCUACUUCUUCAUCCAUGCUGGUGCAUGAGAUUCGAAAAAUUGAGAUGAGCCAGAGGCAGCUUGGUGAGGAAGCGAACCGUGCACUUGAUUUACUUCACAAGGAGGUUGCUUCUCACAGAAUUGGUAGUCAAGAUGCUAAUGAAGCUCUGGCAAAGCUGCUUGUAGAAAUUAAGGAGAUGCAGGCUAUCGGUUUAGUUCCCGAAACUAUUGAGAUUAAAGACAAAGGUAGCUUGAAAGAAGAGAUUGCCCGAUUGAACACUCAGGAGACUAAUAUUGCAUCUCUAGAAGAAAAGCUUGAGAAUGUUCAGAGAUCCCUAGAUAAAUUAGUGACGUGUUUUCCAAGUGGAAAGGGGACUCCUGAUUUGAGGACUUCAGCCAAAAAGAAAAAAGGUCUUCCAUUUACACUGAGCAAUUCACCUAACAUGCCAAACAUGAUAAGAUCUCCAUGCUCACCUGUGGAACCAGGGAUUGAAAAUAGAGCCCCAGAGGCUAACAAUCUUUCAUCUGGUAGUGAUGGCUUCUACCUUCGAGAGAGCACUCCUCGUAGAAAUCACGAAGCUAACAAUAUCUCAUCAGCAGAGACUACCCCUGCACCAAAGCAUUCAACCUCUGUUGGUGUGAAGAAAAUGGAAAAGAUGUUCAAGAAAGCGACUGAGGAGCACAUCCGGAGUAUACGAACUUACGUCACAGGGCUUAAAGAACGUGUCGCAAAGCUGCAAUACCAGAAACAGCUUCUGGUUUGCCAGGUGUUAGAGCUGGAGGCAAAUGAAGCUGCAUCUGAUGGACCCGAUAAUAUUGAAGAAUCUAGCAUCUCAUGGCAAUCAAUGUUUGAAGAACGAAGGAAGCAAAUUGUCAUGUUGUGGCAUUUAUGCCAUGUGUCAAUCAUACACCGCACUCAAUUUUAUUUGCUGUUUAAAGGGGAUCCUUCAGAUCAGAUAUAUAUGGAAGUUGAACUUAGAAGGUUGACAUGGUUGGAGCAGCAUUUGGCAGAUCUUGGUAAUGCAAGUCCAGCACUUUUAGGUGAUGAUCCUGCAAGCUUUGUGUCAUCAAGCAUCAAGGCCCUUAAGCAAGAGAGGGAAUAUCUAGCAAAGAGGGUGAGUACAAAGCUGACUCCAGAAGAAAGGGAAAUGCUAUACUUGAAAUGGAACAUCCCACCAGAAGGGAAAGGCAAAACAAAGAGGAGGCUGCAACUUGUAAAUAAACUGUGGAUGGACCCUCUGAAUAUGCAACAUAUAAAGGAAAGUGCUGAAAUUGUUGCAAAACUCGUGGGGUUCUGCGAAACUGGUGAGCAUGUCUCCAAGGAGAUGUUUGAGCUCAAUUUUGUCUCCCCUUGUGACAAAAAGACUUGGAUCGGUUGGAACUUGAUAUCCAAUCUCUUGCACUUGUAAUCACCAACCUGUUAUUAGUGCUUCGAAUUCCACU